AUGGCUUGCGCAGGAGGAGAACCAGCUGGACAGCCGAUCGAGGACAUCCAAACGGCGAUUUUCCACAUCACCCAGCUUCUGCAGCGGAUUGCAGCUCCGAAUCAGCAGAAUCCGGAACACACGCUGGAAGCGCUCUCCUCGAACAUCAGCGAGUUCGUUUUCGACCCAGAAAAUGGCGUCACAUUCGAGAAGUGGUUCGCACGCUACACGGACCUUUUCGAAAGCGACGCACGCCAUUUGGACGACGCAGCCAAAGUUCGUCUGCUGCUGCGAAAGUUGGAUACCACCUCCCACAGCCGGUAUCUUAACUACAUCCUUCCGCGGCUGCCGAGGGAUGUCACGUUCGACGACACGGUGAGCACGCUGAAAAAAAUUUUCGGUGAGCAAACCUCACUUUUUCGCCGGCGGUUCCAGUGCCUUCAACUAUCAAAAAGUGAGGGUGACGACAUCAUCACGUACGGCGGACGAGUCAAUCGAGCGUGCGAAGACUUCGAUUUUGCGAACCUGACCAUCGAUCAGUUUAAAUGUCUGGUUUUCGUCACCGGACUGAAGGCAUCCAAGCAUGCGGACAUUCGAGCGCGAUUGCUCACCCGGAUGGAGCAUGAGAGACCGGACGCACCAGUGACUCUUCAAACUCUCAUCGACGAGUUCCAGCAGCUCGUUAAUCUGAAGGCGGACACCAGCUUGAUUGAGCAUCCAGCCAGCUCGAAAGCAGCAGUUCACGCCGUCAGCGAGAAGAAGAGAUCGAGCGACGCUCCGAGGCCCUCGUUCAAGCCGGAAGCCAAAUCCCCGAAGACGCCCUGCUGGCAAUGCGGACAGAUGCAUUUUGUCAAGGAGUGCACAUACAGCAGCCACUAG